AUGAUCCUCCCUCGUGAUGGAUAUCCUCGACAAGACUCAUCAUCGUCCGUGGAGUCCCCCUCGUCCGGUCGGGAUCAGAUCAUCAUUGGCGUGGUGUUUGGAGGAGUAGCAGUGAUCAUGAUCAUAAGCGCCAUCCUCCUCAUCCGAUGCAAGAAACGAAGCAACGAACGCCGUCAUCGCCGUCAGCAGCAACGCCUGCUCGCCCAUCAUUUGUCUCAAUCCACCACUGGGUACUAUCAGUAUCAUCCUGACUUGGAAGGAAGCAAGCCUCAGACCCCCGAGUACCCACUUGAGAUCACCUCUACAGCACAGCAGGAACCUUCAUCAUGUCUUGAACAACAGCAACAUCCUCCUCUGCAGAGGGUCAUCGAGGAUCCCCCACCGGCGUAUCAGCCCCUCCCUGUGUAUAACCCUUCACGGUACCAUGGGGUUGAUGGCAUGGUGGGUAUCGCGGUGCCAUACCCUGGGGUCACGGCUAGUAUGUAUCGGAUGUCGGGAUUGGGAAUAGAGCCUCAAAGAAGAGUGCCAGAUCGAGACUCGAAUGCCUUUAGCUUUGCUGUUGAGGAGAGGUUGGAUGUGCCGGUCCAUAGGCCAGGUGGUGAGGCGGAGGAAGGUCAGUCGGUUCAACGACCUAGACCGGUGCUGUCACGGUUGGUGACGAAUUUUGGUGACCACUACACUGGCCCUCGCGCGCCGUCUCCAUCACGGCGCGUAGAUAAGCUCGACGGGUGGUUCGGGCCCAACCGCGACGAUCAACCGGUGAUUGUCGCUGCUGCUUCCCCUCUUCUCCUCCUCCAGACCCUGGUCCCCAUCGAAGCUUCUGCGCCAAUCAAUUUUCCGACCUCCAACCCCCCGGUUAGCAAUGCUACGUCGGAGUUGGGUGCGGCACGGCAUUCCUCGUCACGCUCCCUCUCUCACAUCGGCAGGGAUCUCGCCCAUAUUGUAGCCGCUGAGAGGUCCAUUCAUCUCCCAGAACAAGGAUUGCCUUGUGUCACACCCCUUCCAUCUCUCUCGCAGCCGCUGGAUGGACCACGCCAAGGGAGGACUAUCAACUACGGCUGUGGUUGGAUGUCGCCAACUUCCCGGAGUCUGUUAGCAGCUCCCUCCGGUAGGCUGGCUGCAGGUUGCCUGCAAGUUGACUGCGCCGCUCAGCUAUUCUCCCGACUGCUCUCCCCUCUUUUACCAUCUCCAGGCACGCGGACCGGUUCUGCUCCCUGCUCCAGAGGCUCUCCCAUGACCAGUCAUUGCGUCGGAAUCGUCAUCCCGCUUACAAAACAAAGGGCGAUCCCCCUCCGGUUGACUGAGACUUCUCCCACUGGCCGCGAUGUGUCUGCUCGCCUUUCACCGUCCGUCCCGUUCGCUGGGCUCCGAUGCCCAUCCCUCUUCGCACUGAGGGACGUUCCCUGA